UGACAUAUUGUUUACUUCCGGCAAGCUGCAUCAGAUAGCUUCCCGCCAAACAAAGAAUAUUUACAGGAUGCGGGGGGCAAGGAAGGCGAAAACCAAAGCCAAGAUCACGGUGCAGGGGGCUUUUGUUGAAGCUACCUCAGAUUUACCAAUACCCGAAAAUGACUCUGACAGCGACUUUGAGGAGCCGAUGUCAGUAUCUAGUGGUGGUGUUGGUGGGGGAAGAGGAAGAAAAAGGGGGUCAGGCAGAGGUGGCAGUGCUGUGAAGCGACCCAGACAGACCGGGAACGUGGGGAGAAGCAGAAAAAAGAGUGGCGGGGAGGAGGAGGACUCGGGGACAGGCUCAGUGUUUGACAUUGUGAAGAGUGGAAAAGCAUCGCUACAGGUGACCGUGGAUGAGUGGAUAGAGUCAUACAAAAACGAUCGAGACACGGCUUUAGUGGAGCUGAUACAGUUCUUUAUCCAGGCCUCGGGCUGUAAAGGAACCAUAACUCCGUUCAUGUAUGCCAACCAGGAGCACGCCGAGAUCAUCCGUAAAAUGACAGAGGAAUUUGAUGAGGACAGUGGUGACUAUCCUCUCAUUAUGUCGGGCCCAAACUGGAAGCGUUUCCGUGUCAAUUUCUGCGAGUUUGUGCAGGUGCUUGUACGACAGUGUCAGUACAGCAUUAUCUACGACCAGUACAUGAUGGACAACAUCAUCUCUCUACUGACCGGUCUGACGGACUCGCAGGUCCGAGCUUUCCGACACACCAGUACUCUGGCAGCUAUGAAGUUAAUGACAGCCUUGGUAGAUGUAGCUUUGAAUCUCAGUAUAAACUUAGACAACACACAGAGGCAGUACGAAGCUGAGAGACAGAAACAACAGCCAAAGAGGGCCAAUGAUCGCCUGGAGAUGUUGUUACAGCGUAGACAGGAGUUGGAAGAAAACCAAGCUGAAAUCCGAAAUAUGUUAACGUACAUCUUCAAAGGAGUCUUUGUGCACAGAUACAGAGACACACAGCCGGAGAUUCGGUCGAUCUGUAUGUCGGAGAUUGGAGUCUGGAUGAAAAAGUAUCCAAACAUGUUCCUCGAUGACGGAUAUCUUAAAUACGUAGGAUGGACUCUCUACGACAAGAAUGGAGACGUACGUUUGUGCUGUCUCAAAAGUCUGCAGCCUUUGUAUGACACGGAAGAAUUAGCUACCAAGUUGGAACUGUUCACCAACAGGUUUAAGGAUCGUAUUGUGGAGAUGACGCUAGACAAGGAACAUGAAGUAGCCGUCCAGGGCAUUAAACUGGUCAUCAGCAUACUCCAAUUUAACGAGCAGAUCCUAGCAGAUAAGGAUUGUGAGAAUGUGUAUGAGUUGGUGUAUUCGUCUCACCGACACGUUGCCCAGGCAGCUGGAGAAUUCCUUAAUGCCAAGCUCUUCAAGAGAGAUGAAAGCCAAACAAAUAAACUCAAAAUCCACCGGGGCAAAAAACAGAGUCUCAACACCCCUUUGUUACGUGAUCUGGUGCAGUUCUUUAUAGAGAGUGAGUUACAUGAACACGGAGCAUAUUUAGUGGACAGUUUGUGGGAAAUUAACGACAUGAUGAAGGACUGGGAGUGCAUGACAGACUUACUACUGGAGGAACCGUCUAAAGGGGAGGAAUACAUGGAUGAUAAGCAGGAAACGAGUUUGAUCGAGAUCAUGGUGUGUUGUGUUCGUCAGGCAGCUACAGGGGAGUCGCCCGUGGGAAGGGGAACCAGCAAAAAGCUGACAUCCAAAGAAAACAAGCAGGUGCUUGAAGACAAGACCAGACUCACUGAACAUUUCAUUGCUACACUGCCUCAACUCCUACUGAAGUAUUUGAUGGAUGCAGAGAAGGUAGCCAACCUCCUACAGAUCCCUCAGUACUUUGAUUUGGACAUCUACACAAGUAGUAGACAGGAAAAGAAUCUGGAGCUUCUGUUGAGGUAUUUGCAUGAGAUCAUGGAGAAGCACACAGACUCGGAGGUACUGGAGUCUGCCUCUAAAUGCUAUGAAUGUCUUUGCUGUGAGGAGUUUGCCAUUUCUGGAAAGUGUGAUGUUGCAAGAAAAACUCUGAUUGAUAGUCUCAUAGCAAAGUUUAAAGAAUCCAUGCAAGACUUCUUUGCAGAGGGAGAAGAUCCCGAUGAUGAUGAAAUCUUUGCCCUCCUGGCCUGCUUGAAACGCAUGGAAGCUUUAUACAGUUGUCAUGAUUUAAACAGCUGGGACAUUUGGGACGAUCUGUUUCACAUCAUUAAGUCUGGUAACGACAGUCAAGGAAUUCCUGAAGAGAUUGUGUGUAAGGCCCUGGCCUGUGGCAGUCAGACGUUGCUAUGGUAUUUGCACAAGUUGGACGAGGGUAACCCCAACAAGGAUGAGAUGCGAGCCCUUAGGAAACGUCUGAACGACAUGAUGACAUACUGUCAUGAUCUGCUGUUCCAUCAACAAGACAAAGUGGGAGAAGAGGCCUACCUUACAAUCUGUGACCUGUUGGUUGUGUUCAGUCGACAUCUUGGGGAGAUAAGCGAGGUCAUGAAGCCGCUAGUGUACGAACCGGACAGGAAUCUUCAGCAGCAGCUCAGCAACUUCCUGACAGAAAAAGUUUUCAUCGAGGACGACGACGAUGACAUUGAUGAAAAUGUGAAGAUAGAAGAGCUCCACAAGAGGAGGAAUUUCCUGGCCUCUUUCUGUAAGCUGGUCAUCUACAACAUUGUACAGAUCCGCAUGGCUGCAGACAUGUUUAAACACUACAUGAAGUUUUACAAUGACUAUGGAGACAUCAUUAAAGCAACACUCGGAAAAGCUAGAGAAAUCAACAAGGUGUCCACAGCGAAAACACUGGCCCUCAGUCUGACACAGCUGUACCGGGAACUGCAGAUGGAGAUGGGGGUUGUUGACAGAUCAUCGGAGACCUUCCAGUCCCUGAAGGAGUUGUCCAGGAGGUUCGCGCUGUCUUUCGGUUUGGAUCAAGUCAAGAAUCGGGAAGCCGUGGCAGCCAUGCAUAAGGAGGGCAUUGUGUUCAGUUUGCAUGUAGAUGAGCAUCACGACAUCAGCACCCCGCCCCCCAAUCUAUCUUUCCUGGAGGUCAUCUGUGAGUUCACAAAUAAACUCAUGAAACAGGACAAAAAAGUGGUACUGCAUUACCUGGACAAGCACCUGCCGGGAGGGUCGAUGCCCCAGACACGAUCCGAGGAGUGGCAGUCUCUGUUUACAUACCGCAACAGCCUGUCCCAGGGUGACGGAGAGGUGCACCCCAUCACACUCAAACAGGCCAGCCAAAGGCGAUACGGCAACAAACGCAAGCAGAUUGACGUCUCAGAUCACGACUCUAACAUGAGUGACUGGGUGGAUAUGUCAGUGGGCACCCCGGCCCCGGGGGUCCCAGUCAUGGCCUCCACCGCCAUCAAAAGACGUCGCAUGGACGAGGAGAGCAUGGGAGCGGCAUCAGAGCCAGGGUCAGAAGACUUUCAGGAAUCGUACAUUGGUGGACCCCCUCAGAUGCAGCAAAUGUCGUGGAUGAGUGCACAGAAAGGACAGCAGGCCCCACAGAGGCAGAUGGAGCCACCGUACUCUCAUUACAGACAGGCAGGCAACUUACCACCAAUGGAGUCUGAAAGUAGUGAAGCCAGCAUCGGGGACUUCGAGAGUCCACGGUCACAAGUCAUGCCGUCUGGUUACUAUGGUGAUGGCUCUCAGCAUAUUGAAGAACCUUCGCAUUCCGGGGCCAUGCAUCACAUGACCCAAGUACACCCACAGUCGGAAAUGGGUCAUCAUGGAUACUGAAGAAAGAAGCAAUCUCCGUAGGUUUGACCUCGACCUUUGAAGUUUCUCAAAAUGGAAUUACACAUCUGUUAGGAGUAUAGAGAAGACGUGGGCAGUUGAAAUUUAAAAUCCAAAAGCUUAUAGGAAAAUACAUGUAUUUAUUUAAUUCAUCCCGUCUACAUAAAGAUGAAAAUUGUAUUUAUGUGUGCUUCUUUUCAUUAUGUACGACGUGUGCAAGUUGUUGUUGAAUUCUGUCGGCUAUUGUGACACAUUUACCUUUUGUGGCUUUCAUGUUUGUAAGAAUUAUGUGUUUUAAUUCAUGUCAAAACUUUUUAACAUUUUUAUCAUUCAAUAAACGGAUAAAGUUAGA